GGUCGCUCCGGCAGCGCCGCGCGGAGCCGGAGCCGGAACCGGAACCGCCCCCGGGAGCCCCCGGCCCGGCACCGUCCUCCCCCCCCCCACCCCCCACCCCCGCCCGGUGCCCGGGCCCAGCACCGCCCCCGCCCCCCGCCCCCGCCCCUCCCUCCUUCCCCCGGAGCCCCGACAUCCCCCCCGGGCUCCCCGCGGCCCGGCCCGGCCCGGCCUCGGGAUCCCCCCGUCCCACCCGGGAUCCCCCCCCCCCCCCCACUCCCCACCCCGGGACGCCUCCGCUCUGGUCCCGGCAUCACCCCGGUGCCCCCGGCCUCCCCCCGCAUCCAUCCGCCCGCUUCCGGUGCCCCCCCCCCCGGUCCCCAAGACCCCCUCCCCCCCCCGCCCGGUGCCGCCGGCCCCCCCACCCCCCCCCCGUCCUCCUCCUCCGGUACCGGUCGGGCCCAUGGAGUCGCAGUGCGAUUACUUCAUGUACUUCCCGGCGGUGCCGUUCGCCGCCCGGGAGCUGCUGACGGGCGAACCGGGCCGGUACCGGGCGCUGCCCCGCCGUAACCACCUCUACCUGGGUGAGACCGUGCGGUUCCUCCUGGUGCUCCGCUGCCGCCCCGGCACCGGGGCCGGCACCGGGGCCGGGCCGGGCCGGCCGCCCUGGGCCGAGCUGGCCGCCUCGCUGGCCGCCCUGGCCAGCGUCAGCCCCGGCGGCUCGGAGCCCGGCGGCGAGCGCGACGGGGACGGGGAGGCGGAGGGCGGCGAAGGCGGCGGGGUCCCGCCGGAGCCCCCCGUUUUCCGGGACUGCCGGGCCCUGCUGACGCACAGCCAGGGCCCCCCGGGGCGGCCCGCGGCCGGGAUGCCGGUGGAGGACCCCAUCGUGUCCACGGACGAGGUCAUCUUCCCCUUGACCAUCUCCCUCGACAAGCUGCCCCCCGGCACCGUCAAGGCCAAGAUCGUGGUGACGGUGUGGAAGCGGGACACGGAGCCGCCCGAGCUGCGGGAGGGCGGCGGGUACCUGAGCCUGCUCCAGACCCGAGCGCCCACGCACGUCUUCCGCCAGGAGCAGGGGGCCUUCAAGGCGCAAGUGAGCACCCUGCUGACUGUGCUGCCCCCGCCCGUGGUGCGAUGCCGCCAGCUCACCGUCUCCGGGAAGUACCUCACCGUGCUCAAAGUGCUGAACGGCUGGUCCCAGGAGGAGAUCUCGCUGUGGGACGUGCAGAUCCUGCCCAACUUCAACGCCAGCUACCUGCCCGUCAUGCCUGACGGCUCCGUCCUGCUGGUCGAUGACGUCUGCCACCACUCGGGCGAGGUGCCCGUGGGCGCCUUCUGCCGCGUGGCCAGCGCCGGCUCGGCCUGUCCCUGCGCCCUCAGCGCCCUCGAGGAGCACAACUUCCUCUUCCAGCUCCAGGCGCCCGAGAGGCCCCCCGAGGACGCCAAGGAGGGCUUGGAGGUCCCGUUGGUGGCCGUGAUCCAGUGGUCAACGCCGAAGCUGCCCUUCACCAGCAGCAUCUACACGCAUUACCGGCUGCCGAGCAUCCGCCUGGAGCGGCCGCGCUUCGUGAUGACGGCCGCCUGCGAGUCGCCGGUGCGGGCCCGGCAGCGCUUCACCGUCACCUACACGCUGCUCAACGACCUCCAGGACUUCCUGGCCGUGCGGCUCGUCUGGACGCCCGAGACCGCCACGGCCGGGAAGAAGCUAUCCGGGGAGGAGCGCCGGGCCACGCAGGCCGCGCUGGACGCCGUCGUGUGCCACACGCCGCUCAACAACCUGGGCUACUCGCGCAAGGGCAGCGCCCUGACGAUCCGCGUGGCCUUCCAGGCGCUGCGGGCCGGGCUUUUCGAGCUGUCGCAGCACAUGAAGCUGAAGCUGCAGUUCACGGCGAGCGCGGCGAACCCGCCGCCCGAGGCCCGGCCCGUGUCGCGCCGGAGCAGCCCGAGCAGCCCGGCCGUGCGCGAGCUCGUGGAGCGGCACCAGGCCGCGCUCGGCCGCUCCCAGUCCUUCUCGCACCAGCAACCCGCCCGCAGCCACCUCAUGAGGUCCGGCAGCGUGAUGGAGCGGCGCGCCAUCACCCCGCCGGUGGGCUCCCCCGUGGGGCGGCCCCUCUACCUGCCCCCCGAGAAGACGGUGCUCUCGCUGGACAAGAUCGCCAAGCGGGAGUGCAAGGUGCUGGUCGUGGAGCCCGUCAAGUGACGGCCACCUCGGGGACGGGGUGUCCCUGGGGGGGGGGGGCAGGCGUCUGGGGGGGGGGGGCCGGGGCCGCGCCCCCCCCCGCCCCACGCGGCCCCACGCCGCCCCACGCCGCCGGGGCUAAACCUGCUGCUUCACUGGGACUGCACUGGAACGUGCC